GCUGUCUCUCUCUCUCUCUCUCUCUCUCUCUCUCUCUUUCGGCCUUUCAAGGGUAUUGAAAUAUUUUCGAUAACUCGGAAGCUUCGAGAAUGAGGGCGAUUUUCGUCGGCAACUUCGAACAUGAUACUCGGCAAUCUGAUUUGGAGCGGCUCUUCUCCAAGUUCGGCAAGGUUGAUCGCGUCGACAUGAAAACUGGUUUUGCUUUUGUUUAUCUUGACAAUGAUCGGGAUGCUGAAGAUGCUAUCCGUCACCUUGAUGACAAGCCAUUCGGUUAUGACAAACGCAGAUUAUCUGUGGAAUGGGCUAGGGGUGAACGUGGUCGUGAACGUGGUCAUCAUCUUGAUGGGUCUAAAUCUAUGGCAAACCAGAGGCCCACAAAAACCUUGUUUGUCAUCAACUUUGAUCCCCUCCGCACCAGGGUUUCGGAUAUUGAAAGACACUUUGAACCCUAUGGGAAGCUUCUUAAUGUCAGAAUUCGGCGGAACUUUGCAUUUGUGCAGUUUGAGACUCAGGAAGAAGCUACUAAAGCCCUUCAGGGAACACACUUGAGCAAGAUACUUGACCGAGUGGUUUCUGUUGAGUAUGCUCUGAGAGAUGAUGAUGAGAGAGGUGAACGACGUUAUGAUAGUCCUAGAAGAGGCGGUUAUGGAAGGCAGGCGGAUAGUCCUUAUAGGAGGUCACCAAGUCCUGUGUAUCGCAGGCGUCCAAGUCCUGAUUAUGGUCGUCCUCGCAGCCCAGCUUAUGGUCGUCCUCGCAGCCCAGCUUAUGGUAGGUACAAUGGUCCAGCGUAUGACAGGCGCAGGAGUCCUGAUUAUGGAAGAAAUGCGAGUCCAGAGUAUGGCAGAUACCGCAGUCGCUCCCCUAUUCGAAGAUCAAGAACAUGAAGUCGGACUGAUUCAGUGGUGGACUGGCAGUUGUGAGCUCAACAUGUUACUCUGGUGGUUUUAGUAAUAGCUAUAGGUAGAAAGAGAUUGUUAUGAUAUUACUUCAGUUUCCGUCUUUCGAAUGUUAAUAUGCAUAAUGGUUUCCUUUGAUUUCUAAGUUUCCCGGUUUUAUUACAUUAGUAUUUCUGCUCUACUGUUUAAAUUAAGAUAUGAAAUGGUUUGGUUAGUAUUUUCCUUUAGCUUCUUUUAUGGCCACCUUACAAAUUAAUAUUUUGCUCAGAAGAUUAGUUUAAUGGUUAUGAGCAGUUCUUCC